UUUUCUCGUUGCUUCUCUGAUAAUUCCUCGUCACUUACUUACCAUCGAUUUCCACUAUCCGGAAGAUCGUCCUUCCGCUCCGCAGACCGCGCUUCCUACUUCGCCGAGGCGCAGCAGAUCGAGAUGAAAACCGGAAAGAUCGGAAGCCGUUCGACGAGAAGCCAGCGGCGCGCCGCCGUGGCGGAGCCGGACGCGCCGAAGGCCGUCGACCAAUAAGAGGCGGCCGAGCCAGAGGAGCGACGGGAUUGGAGGAAGCUAAUAUGACGCCGAGUGGAACGGCGGAGGUCUGAGGAGAGGCAAUUGGGAAGGAAGAGGUCGGACGGGACGGAGCGAAUGGAGUCGGCGGAACUUCUGUGUAACGAGAAGAUUCUUCCCUCUUGGAACGAUUCGUCGCCCACUAGAGCGGCUCCGGAUCCAGCGCUGCAGAGAGACGGCCGAGUAUUAGAGAGGCUUUUGUCAUUGGAAACGAAGCACGUGACUGGUCGGCGUCGUUUGUUGUCUUCGCAGGUGGAGAUAGACGCUGGAAUGAGAAAGAUCGUGGCUCGUUGGAUGUCCGAGGUGUGCGAUGAGAGAUGCUGCGAAGAUGUUGUUUUUCCGUUGGCCAUGAAUUACCUGGACAGGUUUUUGUCGAUCGUCACCAUCCGCAAGUCUCAGCUGCAGCUGGUGGGAGCUGUCUGCUUACUCAUCGCCUCAAAACUGAGGCAAAGUUUGCCCUUCACCUCCGAGUUAUUGGUCUACUAUACCGACUACAGCGUCGGCGUCGAUGAGAUCAGAGCCUGGGAGCUGCUGAUACUGACUACGCUCAAGUGGGACGUGGCACCGGUGGUGGCCACCGACUUCGUCGAUCAUCUGUUGAUCCGUCUUCCGGUCGACAAAAACCGCGCCACCGUCAGGAGACACGCCAACACUUUCAUCGCCCUAUGUUCCAUCGACGACCAAUUCGCCUCCUAUCCUCCGUCACUGAUCGCCACGGCCAGCGUGGCGGCUGCGGCCGACGGACUGGAGGGGAUGGACAAACCUUGGAACGAUUUGGACGAGUUACUCUCACUACUCCAACAGAUUACCGGGAUCGAAGCGGCAUCGGUGGGAUGCGUCGUGCACAGGAUCGAGCGGGCUGUCCGCUCCGAAAUGGCGGCGGCUCUGGAGUCGGAUCCGACGCCUCCGGACGGAGGAGGAAAAACCCGCGGAAAAGAAGUGGAGGAAAGAUCUGAGACUCCAGUCGAAACGCAUCUGCGAGGAGCGUCCUUCUAAGUCUUGGAGCAUUACACUGUAAAUAAGAAAGAGGAAACAAUCUUCCCAUGUAAAUAGUAUUUAUGAUCUUUUCCUUCGUCUUCCAAUAAAAGCC